AUUGCUAGAUUUUGUAAUUGUUUUUUAAAUAAAUCUUAUCCCACUGAUAUAUCCGGGGAGAUGCCAGAAUCUUCUCUAGUAGGAGAGGUUGAGGUAGAAGUUGAGAUCAAAGCUCCGGCAGAGAAGUUCUACGAGAUGUACACCGGAAAAUCACACCAUGUCGCCGAAGCCACUCCUCGAAACGUUCAGGCAUGUGAUCUGCACGACGGAGAUUGGGGCACACUUGACAGUGUCAUCGUCUGGAACUACGUUCAUGAUGGGAAAGCAAAGGUGGCUAAGGAGAGGAUCGAAGCAGUUGAGCCGGAGAAGAAACUGGUAAAGUUUAGGGUCAUAGAGGGAGAUCUAAUGGAAGAUUUCAAGAGCCUCUUGAUGACAAUCCAGGUGACUCCUGUGCAAGGGAGGCCUGGAAGUGUUGUGAAGUUGCACUUUGAUUACGAGAAGACCGAUGAGAACGUGGUUCACCCUGAGACUCUGCUUCCAUUUUUUGUCGAGAUGAUCAAAGAGAUCGACGAACACCUCAUGUCCGAGGAAUAGAUCAUUUAUUCCAGUAUAUUUUAUAUGUUUUUUCCAUGUUUGUCUAACUAUUUGUGCUCUAUCUCUGGAUUUAGACAAGAUGUUUGCGUGUGUAUAUGUUAUAAACGAUGAUAUAUUAUGUAUAAUAUGGG